AUUAUCUACCAACACUGCUGUCACUCAGUAGCACCAGCUGCCUUGUUCCUGCAAUGGAGCCGAAGAGCAGCCGCCUAGUUGCCAAUGUAGCCCUGUUGCUCCUGUUCGCCCCGAACUUGGCUGCGGCUUUCAACUACGCCGACGCGCUCGCCAAGUCCAUCGUCUUCUUCGAGGGCCAGCGCUCCGGCAAGCUGCCCCCCGGCAACCGCAUGCCCUGGCGCGGCGACUCCGGCCUCUCCGACGGUGCGCAGUACAAUGUGGAUCUGGUGGGCGGGUACUACGACGCCGGCGACAACGUCAAGUUCGGGCUGCCGAUGGCCUUCACCACGACGAUGCUGGCGUGGAGCGUCGCCGACUUCGGCAAGUACAUGGGCGCCGAGUCACUGGCCCACGCCAGGGACGCCGUGCGCUGGGGCGCCGACUACCUCCUGAAGGCGGCCACGGCCACCCCGGGCGCGCUCUACGUCCAGGUGGGCGACCCGGGCCGCGACCACGCGUGCUGGGAGCGCGCCGAGGACAUGGACACCCCGCGCGCCGUGUACCGCGUGGACGCGGCCCGGCCGGGGUCCGACGUGGCCGGCGAGACGGCGGCCGCGCUCGCGGCGUCCUCCGUCGCCUUCCGCCGCGCCGACCCGGCGUACUCUGCCAGACUCCUCCGCGCCGCCAUGGACGUGUUCGACCUGGCCGACCGCCACCGCGGCUCCUACAGCGACUCGCUCUCCUCCGCUGUUUGCCCCUUCUACUGCUCCUACUCCGGCUACCACGACGAGCUCCUCUGGGCGGCGUCAUGGCUGCACAGAGCGUCCUCCAGCAACGCGUCGGCCUUCUUCCUGUCGUACGUGCAGGCGUACGGCACGCAGCUGGGCGCCGUAGAAGACGACUACUCCUUCAGCUGGGACGACAAGAGGGCCGGCGCCAAGGUGAUGCUCUCCAGGGUGUUCCUCCGGCGGAAGCUCCCGGGGUUCGAGCUCUACAAGUCCCACUCCGACAGCUACGUCUGCUCGCUGGUCCCCGGGACGAACAGCUUCCAGGCAUCAGGGCAGUACACGCCGGGGGGGCUCUUGUACAAGGAAGGCGAGAGCAACAUGCAGUACGUGACGACGGCCACGUUCCUGCUGCUGGCCUACGCCAAGUACCUCAAGUCGAGCGGCAGCGGCGCCACCGUCUCCUGCGCCGGCGCCCAAGUGGCGCCGGGGGAGCUGGUGGCGCUGGCGAAGCGGCAGGUGGACUACAUCCUGGGGAAGAACCCCGGAGGGAGGUCGUACAUGGUGGGGUUCGGGGCGCGGUGGCCGCAGCGCGCGCACCACCGGGGCGCGUCCAUGCCGUCCGUGCGCGCGCACCCGGCGCGCAUCGGCUGCGACGCCGGGUUCGAGUUUCUCCACGCGCCGGGGCCUAACCCGAACGUCCUCGUUGGUGCCGUGCUGGGAGGGCCUGAUGCCAAGGAUGGCUUCGAGGAUGACCGUGGCAACUACGCGCAGUCCGAGCCUGCCACUUACAUCAACGCGCCGCUCGUUGGUGCCCUCGCCUUCUUCGCCGGAACUGCCAAGUAGCCUAGGAAGGAGUGUGUGUCAGUGACUCAGUGUGUGUGUGGGCAUGUGACUUUGAUUGGCACGUGACAGAGUGAGAGCGGCAUGGCAACAAUCACAUCAAGAUGUGUGAGCCGAAACGAGCUCCCCCGCCACCGGCCUGCGCGCCCCCCGUAUUGUAUUGGGCUCGCUCGUUAAUUGGUAGCCGUAUGUUGUUUUGUGGUCAAAA